AUGUCCCUGGAAGCAAAGGAGGCUCGGCGGCGACGUAGCAGUAGUCUUGUCUACAAGGAGCCGCCCGAGUCGUUGGAGCAGCUCAGCGACCAGUCCGCCCUGCCCAACCUAAAUGCCGAAUGGGUGAAUGCAAAGGGCGCGUGGGCCAUCCACAUCGUCCUCAUCUUCCUCGGCAAGAUCCUGUUUGACAUCAUGCCCGGCAUGUCGCAAGAAACAUCGUGGACCCUGGUCAACCUCUCGUACAUGGCGGGCUCCUACCUCAUGUUCCACUACGUGCGCGGUGUCCCUUUCGACUUCAAUGCCGGAGCCUUUGACAACCUCAACAUGUGGGAGCAGAUUGACAACGGAGACCAGUACACGCCAGCGAAGAAGUUCUUGCUCAGCGUGCCAAUUGUGCUGUUCCUGGUUAGCACACAUUACACGCACUACGACUCGACGUAUUUCGUUGUGAACUGCUUAGCAACUCUUGCCGUUGUCGUUCCCAAGCUGCCCUCGCUACACAGGAUACGAUUCUCCAUCUUCAGCUCGCCACCAGACGACGCGUAG